AGCGAGCGAAAGAGAGAGAGAGAGAGAGAGAGAGAGCGCCUCACUCGUCCUCACGUCGUUCCUCCUCUUCUUCCUCUUGCUCAUCUUCUUCUUCCCCCCCCCCCCCCGCGCGCGCGUGUCGCUGCUCGAGGGACAAAAACCGGAGCGCAGAUCUCCUUGGAAAUAUAUAUAGAUAUAUAUAUUUUUUUUCAAUUUUUAUUUUUUAUUUUUCAUCUAAUUUGUCGCGCGCUUUCGGGGCGCGCGCUCGCGUGUGUGUGUGUGUGUGUGUGUGUGUGUGUGUGUGCGUGCGCGAAUGGUGGACUUGGCCAACAUGGAGACCGUGGAGAAGGAAUGCGGGGCCCUCGGGGGUCUUUUCCAGGCCAUUGUCAACGACAUGAAGUGUUCAUAUCCCGUGUGGGAGGACUUCAACGCAAAGGCCACAAAGCUCCAUUCACAGCUCAGAACGACGGUUUUGGCAGCGGUGGCCUUCCUGGAUGCUUUUCAGAAGGUGGCGGACAUGGCGACCAACACCAGAGGGGCGACCAGAGACAUUGGCUCUGCACUGACCAGGAUGUGCAUGAGGCAUCGCAGCAUCGAGGCCAAACUCCGACAGUUCACCAACGCGUUGAUGGAGAGCCUGAUCACGCCUCUGCAGGACAAGAUCGAGGACUGGAAGAAGACGGCCAACCAGCUGGACAAGGACCACGCCAAAGAGUACAAGCGGUCGCGACACGAGAUCAAGAAGAAGUCGUCGGACACCAUGAAGCUCCAGAAGAAAGCUCGCAAAGAGAUCCAGGGGCGCGGCGACCUGCAGCCUCAGCUGGACAGCGCCAUGCAGGACGUGACCGACAUGUGCCUGCUGAUGGAGGAGAUGGAGAAGCAGGCGGUGCGGCGGGCCCUGGUAGAGGAACGGGGACGCUUCUGCACGUUCAGCGCUUUCCUGCAGCCCGUCGUGAAUGGCGAGAUUGCCAUGUUGGGCGAGAUCACGCACCUGCAGGCCAUCAUUGAUGACCUCACUGUGCUCACCACUGACCCACACAAGUUGCCCCCCGCCAGUGAACAGGUGAUCAAGGACCUUAAGGGGUCCGACUACAGCUGGUCCUAUCAAACUCCGCCCUCUUCGCCGAGCAGCUCCAGCUCUCGCAAGAGCAGCAUGUGCAGCAGCGUCAACAGCGCCCACAGCAGCGCCUCCCGCUCGUCCGGCGGCGGCGGGGGGGGGCUGGGGGGCGGCGGCUCGCUGCCCCACUCGCCCACCUCCUCGUCCUCGUCCUCGUAUCGCUACCGCAGCAGCCUGCCGUGCCAGCCGGGGGGGCCCGCGGGGGGCAUCGCCGCCCACCGCCUCAGCAGCGUCUCGUCCCACGACUCGGGCUUCGUGUCUCAGGACGCCAACAUCUACUCCAAGCCGCCCUCGCCCAUGCCCUCAGACAUCACCAGCCAGAAGUCGUCCAGCUCGGCGUCAUCGGAGGCGUCCGAAACGUGUCAGUCGGUCAGUGAAUGCAACUCGCCAACCACUUUUGGCUCGUCCUUCGCUACCUUCCGCCCCGCUCUCUCUCACUCAGGCUCGCCCAGGCCUCACUCUGUCACACUCCCCGUCACUGCGCCCCCACCCUUUAGCCGGCCCUCCGGCUCCUGCUCCUCUUCUCCCACAUCCUACAAGGUUCCCGCCUGGAAGGACUGGUCCAAAGCAGGUACCUACGAUCCGCCCGUGGCCGCCACCGUGGUUGCCGCCGGCACCGCCCCAGUCGUCCAGAGGAGGAAGGAGCCGCCGCUCGAUAGGCUGCGGGAGAGCGAGGGCUCGCCCAGUGCGCAAGGCUACGCCGGCCCAUCCCACGCCGACGACGCCCAGAGGGUCAAGAUGUCCUCCGCUGCCAAGUACGGGGACGAGACGUCUCCGGCCGCCAGCGACCUGACCAUGGUUCUGACCCGAGGCCUGAGCGCGGAGCAGCAGAAGAGCAGCAGGGACUCGCUGCAGUACUCCAGCGGGUACAGCACCGAGACCACCACCCCUUCCUGCUCGGAGGACACCAUCCCUUCUCAGGGUUCCGAUUACGACUGCUACUCGGUGAACGGCGAUCCCGAAGGCCCAGACGCUCAGACGGACUUCGACAAGUCGUCCACCAUCCCUCGCCACUCCAACAUCGCCCAGAAUUAUCGCCGCAUGAUCCAGACCAAGCGGCCCGCCAGCACGGCCGGCUUGCCCAGCGGGGUCCUGGGUCCCGGGGGUCACGUCAGCGCCCCCGGAGCCGGGGCGGCCGGAGGAUCGGGGACCCCGGGCACCGCCACCAUCCGUAGAACGCCUUCCACCAAACCGGGCGUGAGGCGCACGCUCUCCAGCGCGGGCCCCAUUCCCAUCCGACCCCCCAUUGUGCCUGUCAAGACGCCCACCAUUCCCGGAGACGCCCACUCACCCGGGGUCGGCGGCGUGCCGAUCCGGGUGGGAAGCGAGGAGUGCAUCUUCAUGGUGGACGACGCCCAGGGUGCGCUCAACUACGUGAAGGCGUCGCCCAAACGCCUUAGCCUCCCGAACACCGCUUGGGGCUCCGGGGCGGCUCUCGAGGUCUACGGCCAGCAACACGGAACCGUGGGGCUGGGCGGCGGCUCCGGGUCCGAAGAGGAAAAGAUGAUCGCCGCCAACCGGCACAGCCUGGUGGAGAAAAUUGGGGAGCUGGUGGCCGGCGCCCACGCCCUCGGCGAGGGUCAGUUCCCUUUCCCGGCCCUCCCGGACGACCCGACGCCGCUCACCGCGGGGCUCGGUGACACCCAGGAGGGGGCGGAGGGAUCGUCCGGCGACAUGCUGACCACCAUCCGCAGGGGCGUUCGACUCCGCAAGACCGUCUCAAACGAUCGCUCGGCACCGCGCAUCUUGUGAUCCGCAGGCAGGGUAGGGGAGGAUCCUGUGUCGGGUGUCCACACGGGAACUUUUAACUCGUAGGGAAAUCUCAUCAUAUUAAACAAGACAAAUGAAAACAUACACAAAACGUAAAAAGACGCCGUUAGAGCCGACACUAUAAAAUUCUAACAUGUUAGCACCAUAACUCGUGUGUGUGUGUGUGUGUGUGUGUGUGUGUGUGUGUGUGUGUUGGAUGCAUGUUUCUCUUCUCUACGCUUAUGGAAAUGUGUUUGAACAUUUAUUCUGUAUCCUUGACAUCCAUCUUAAGGUCCAUGUACUACUAGUACACUCUUUUUCUUCACUAGUGCGACAGUCCAACGCACUGCAUCUAGUGACAUUUCUCCGACUACUCAUGCCACGUUUGGCCUAGUAUGAAAUUAAACCUUAUUAGUGUACUACUAUGCUAAACUAGUGACACUACUAGGCCCAACUAGUAGGCAAGUUUCACAUUGUUUUAGCAUUUAUUUGAUAUUCUUGAGCUCCAGCUUAAGGUCCAUACUAGAAGGACUACUACACUAUAUGCUACUCGUCACGACUCCCAUGUCGUUUUCCUAAUAGUGAAGACAAAGAGCAUACGGACCUUAAGCUGGACAACCUUGAUAAGGUGGCUAGUAGAGCAUGACAUAUGCCAACAAGUGGGACCUAAUAGGGCUACUAGUGCAGCAGUUGUUUACUCGUAAAAUGUGUUUGCGUACUAGUAGACCAAAUGUAGCAUUAGUAGUGGUAAAAAACAUUGCCCAUCAUCCACAACUGUUUUACCAGGCGCUUAAUUGUCUUACGUACGAUACUAGUACAUGGGCCUGGAAGUGAACUAAAAAAUAAAUGCUCAAACGCUUUCCAGUCGGGACCGAAAAUGGACUGAUGGUGCGGGUUCCGAGUGUCACAUGACGUCCCGGUUGUUUCGACUCCACUGAAUCUUGGGUACCAGCGCGGGGAGCUAACAUCGUGCGCCGCCCUUCGGCGGGUCGGCCGGCUUGUUGGCAUUGAACUGUACUGGUGUCCCCCACACUUGUCUGUGUGUGCGUGUGUGUGUGUGUGUGUGUGUGUGUGUGUGUGUGUGUGUGUGUGUCCGCGCCACUGCAGGACAGCCGGCGAGCCAAUGCGGCGUCUUCUUUCGCGUGUCUCGUGUUCUUUCUUCCUCGUUUCUAUCGUGACGUCGUUCUCCUUGUGCGCCGCCUUGAGAGGGCAUGUGGUGAAAAGCGAGCGGUCGUUACAGAUACAUUCAUAUAUAUAUAUAUAUAUAUAAUAUAUAUAAUAUACAUAUAUAUUUUCUAGAACCAGAGAGGAGAGUCAUAAACGCAGCAAUAAGUGUGUUUUAUUUUCUUGCUCGGCGGUCGAGGACGUUGCGGAAGUAUGGCGGUGAACUAGCGCCGUGUGUUCAGAAUUAACGAGGAAGUCUUACAGAGGAAAAAGAAGAAGAGAGAGGAAGUGAUGAGGGUGAUAGAUGAGGUGAAGUGGAGAUUAAAUACCUCGACAGCAUGUUGUGCUACGUAAUGUCCACACAAAAAAAAGUUGUAUUCAUGUCCAAACAAAUACUGUAUCCUCAACAAAAACAUCUUUCAACAUACUUGUCAUGAGUUGCAGCCUAAAAAACUGCUGUGCAGGUUCAAAUAAGACUGGAGAGCACAUUCAAAGUUGCUUAAAAACAAGACUCCGAAAAUGCUACCAUAAAUAACUAUACUAAAAUAUUACCAUAAAUUUCUCAAAAGUUCCAUAAGUUAAAAUUACACGACCAUAAAUACCUCAAAUUUUUACAGGUUCAAUUAAUGCUGAAAAAAAUCCCAACAAAAUUUCACAGGUAAAAUUAAGAUCCCUCAAAAGUGGCACCAGUCAAAAUAAGAUGAUGAAAAUCCAUCAAAAACCACAGGUUAAAGAAAGACUACCAUAAAUCCUCAAAAGUAGCAUAAGUUAAAAUAGCAGUCCGAAAAUCCCUCCAAAAUUGCACAGGUAAAUGAAGACUUCGGUAAAUCCCUCAAAAAUUGCACCAGUCAAAAUAAGAUGAUGAAAAUCCAUCAAAAACCACAGGUUAAAGAAAGACUACCAUAAAUCCUCAAAAGGUGCAUACAUAUAAAUAAAUAAAAAAAAAAAAAAUUUUUUUUUUUUUUUUUGACGAUCACUUUGGUUACUUAGUUUGAUCAGCCGAAAAAAAAAGAAAAGAAAGAAAAGAAAGCACAGUUACAAUUGUCGACACAUACACUUGAAAAGAAAAAGAAAAGCAUUUAAAUCAGCAUUUAUUCACCUGUAAUAGGAAACGAAUGUAACUUUUUAGAUAGACACGUUUGUCGGCACAAAUGCAACAAAAACAACAAACAGCUCAGGACAGAAGAGUUUGAUCACAUGAUGACGUUUGAUCAGACUUUGAUCACAUGAUGGAGACGCGACGUGGGCGUGACGGAGGGUAUGACGUAAGCGAGGUGUGGACAUGAUGAUGAAAAUGAAAAGUGGACAUGAUGAGGACUUUACGCCACCACAGAGUGAAAGAGGGACGAAACGAGUGUGUGCUCUUUUCUUUCAUUCUUUCAUGAUUUGUGUUUUUAAUGUACAAAAAAAAAGAGCUGUGUGUAAUAUAAUGUAGGACGUGCGGGAUCAGAGGCGAGUGAACUCUUCUUCUUCACGUUUUUCGUUAAUUUAUUGAUUUAACACGCGCCUCUGGUUUAAUUGAAAGAGAGGAAGUCUGAGAAUUCUCCAGCAGGGGGAGCUGUUGUACGUGUUUGCUCUUAAGAGGCUCUUUAGGUUUGGGUUUUGACAAUGUUCCUGUGAAGCGUUUUUACAUCACACUGCCCUACGUUUCCAUGGAGAUCACCACGACUGUUGGCCAUUUCGCAAGUUGAAAUAAGACUUCAAUAAUAAAAAUAAGAAAAUAAAAAGUCGUUGGUUAAAAUUAGGUGAGCCUAAAUCAUUCACAAUUUGUUCAAGUUCAAUUAAAACCGCCACAAACCCCCUUAAAUUGCACAUAAAUCCCACAAAAGGUCAACAUUUUAAUAGCAUUUCAUGGCCGAACAAGAAUUGUCAUGUGUUGAAGCUCCUGGGGCACAAAUAUUUAAUAUCUAAUAUAUUUUUAAACAUGCUUGACUGUGUUGUAAUUCAUGUCUAACAGGAAAGUGAAUCGUUAAUUGAAUUCCAGUGUGUGUAGAAGCAGCAAAAAAAAAAAAAAAAAAAAAAAGACAAAAAGAUUAUCAUUAUAAUUAUUCAAAUACUGUAGUGACAUACAUGCAACGUGUGCUGGCACGCGUCUUUAAAAAAAAUUUAAUAUACUUGUAAAGGAAGUUCAAAAAGAUCAAAACGCUGUAAAAUGUGACUGAUGAUUAUUAAUUUUGUGACUUUUCUGGUUAUUUUCUGGUCACCCCCCCCCCCCCCCCCCCCAUAUAAGGUUACGGCCUUUACCCUCUAAGCAGAAUUAAUUGAAUUAAAAAAAACAAAAACUUUUACACUAUACACAACAGCAUACACAAUGCACAAUAGUACACUAACAACACAAAAAAAGGUCUAAAACCCACUAAAAUGUGUAAUUUCCAAAAUAGUCUCAUGUCUUCCAUUUUUGGGUAUGCGAAGACGGUCUUCGUCUUCUUUGUCUGUGAAGGGAAAACUAAGGUUCAGUCGCCUCUGCUGCAGCUCUCACUUUUUAUUUCACGUCUUCCCUUUUGUUUUUUGUAAAACGGAGAUUUUAAUUCUUUUUCUUUUGUUCCCCCCCCCCCCCCCCCCCAUCCCCCCCUCUUUGGGUUAACCUUAGUCACUCGCUGAUGUAACAAAAAACGCACUGUGAUGAUUCCACUAUUAAUAAAGGUUGUACUUCAACUGUG